AUAACCCAUAGAGGAUUAGAGGUAGUAGAGCACAAUGAGCACCACGCCCAGCUCGCAGUUGCGUUUGCAGCUGCUGCAACUGCUGCUUUUGCCAGUAAUAAUCCUACUAGUCAUCCUUGCCGCCGCCGCUGAAGAGCGGCUGCCAAUGGGACUUCCGGACUGCCCCGACAUGUGCGGCAACAUCAGCAUCCCCUUCCCAUUCGGCAUCGGGUACGGCUGCUUCCGUGAUGGCUUCGAGGUCCUGUGCAACCACACCCCCGAAGGCCAUCGCGCCUUCCUUGCUGACAAGAGAAUAGUCAAGCGCACGGGCGAGGGCUAUGAGUCGGAGUCGGCUAAUCCUUCGGCUCCGCCUUCAAAGGACCUACAGUGGUCGCAGUCGCCGCUAGAGCUGGUGAGCAUAUCACUCGCCACCGGUGAGGUGCGAGCGUACGCAGCGAUCGCUUACCGCUGCAGGAGAGAUGACAACCGGACCUUCUGCGUGGAACAAGAUUUGAUGUUCGCCCGUACGCUUUUCGACUUGUCGAUUAAAGGUGUUGGCUGGAGUGUCGAGCCUUUGCUGGACAGUAAUACUGGUUCGGCGGACCACUUAUCUUGCAAGGCACAAGAUAUGUUUCCACCUGCGGUUAAUGGGUCCUGCGAGGGGUAUGGCUGCUGCGACAUGCCCUUCCCGCCGGGCGAGUAUCGCCCCGGCAAGGCUUUCGGAUGGCUUGUCGCGCGAGAAAACCUCAUGCCGCACAGCUACGACUUGGAAACCAAGCCGUGCUCCUACGCCAUGCUGGUGGAGAAGUCAUGGUACAACUUCUCCACGCCCGACUUGUACGGCAACAUGACGCUACUCAAAAAGAACCCCCGGGGCGUUACCCUCGUGCUUGAUUUUGCCGCCGGGAACACUUCUUGUCCGGCGGAAGGUCAACCGCGGCCUCCCGGCUACGCUUGCGUCAGCGGCAACAGCUCUUGUGUCAACGCAACAGUUGCUCCUGGCUAUAUCUGCAGGUGUUGGGACCAUUACGCUGGCAACUCUUACAUCACUCACGGAUGCCAAGACAUUGAUGAGUGCAAGCUCCCCGAUAUCUGUGCAAAUGGCGGGGUCUGCAAAAACAAGCCAGGAGGCUAUGACUGCCCAUGCAGGAUGGGAAUGAAAAACGGUGGCGAACGGGGAAACUGUUUUCCGGUACAUCAAUUCACUACAGCAGCAAAGGCGACUGUGGGUGCAAUAGGUGGUAUUCUUCUAAUGGCGAUUAUAUCAUUUCUUAUUAUUCUUCACAAAGAGAAAAAGAAGACGAAGGAAUUCUACAAAAAGAAUGGUGGCCCUAUAUUAGAGAUGGCAGAUGUUAUUAAACUUUUCAAAAAGGGGGAGCUCAAGCCAAUUUUAAAGAGUAGCAACUUGAUUGGAAAAGGUUGCUUUGGUGAAGUUUACAAGGGUCUUCUUGACAAUAAAUUAGUUGCAAUAAAGAAGCCGAUUAAUGGUAGUGUGCUAGAGAGUGAACAAUUUGCAAAUGAAGUCAUCAUCCAAUCUCGAGUCAUUCACAAGAAAAAUGUUAGGCUCAUUGGUUGUUGCCUUGAAGUUGAUGCCCCCAUGCUAGUCUACGAGUUCAUCUCCCAAGGUAGCCUCCAUGACAUCCUUCACAACAACAAUAACAAGGUAGCUCUCAACUUGAAUACAUGUUUAAGUAUUGCUGCGCAAUCUGCGGAUGGUCUAGCUUAUAUGCAUUCAAAAGCCAAUAUUACAAUUCUACAUGGUGAUGUGAAACCAGCAAAUAUACUAUUGGAUGAUAACUUUGUACCCAAGGUUUCGGACUUUGGUAUAUCUAGGUUGAUUCAGAAAGACAAAGAACACACUGGAUCAGUCAUCGGUGACAUGAAUUAUAUGGAUCCAGUAUAUCUACAAGAAGGCCUACUCACUGAAAAAAGUGAUGUCUAUAGUUUCGGGAUUGUGAUCCUGGAGCUUAUUAGUAGCAGGAGGGCCAUACAUUCUGAGAAUAAUAGCUUGGUAAAGAGCUUUCUUGAAGCUCACAAAAAACAUAAGAAAGUGACUGAGUUUUUUGACAAGGACAUUAGAAUAACAAAAGAUUUGGAGCUUCUUGAUAGUCUAGCAGGUAUGGUCGUGGAAUGCCUUAGCCUUGAUGUAGACCAAAGGCCAACGAUGAUGGAGGUAGCUGAGUGGCUCCUCAUACUGGGCCGAUCUCGUAAUGUGUAGGAUGUUUGCCUCUAAGUUAUUUUUUAGAAAAUCCUUAAGACAAGGGCAGCU